UGAUUACAACCAUCCGAUAAGCCGCGCUGUCACUGGCAGCUCCAAGCUCCCUCCGCGUUGAAGCUCCCUCCCGCCCCAAAAUCGUCAAUCGCGAUUGAUCGCCUCGCCGCAACCAACAUAUCACGAUGCUCAAUCUCUUUCGUAUUGCCGGGGACUUGUCCCACCUUGCCAGUAUCGGCAUCCUCCUCCACAAGAUGGUGCAGCUGAACAGCUGUUCUGGAAUUUCCUUCAAAUCCCAAGCCCUUUACUUCCUGGUCUACAUCACCAGGUACCUUGACUUGUUUACGACUUCCAGUCUAUGGAACCUUAUCUUCAAGAUCCUCUUCAUCAGCGCACAAGGGUACAUCGUAUACCUCAUGACGACCGCCUACAAGCCAACCAACGACCCCAAUCAGGAUACUUUCCGCGUUCAGUACCUGCUCGGUGGAGCUCUCGCCCUGGCCAUCAUCUUCCCCUACUCCUACAGCUUCUGGGAGAUCUCCUGGUCCUUCUCAAUCUGGCUCGAGGCCGUCGCCAUCCUGCCUCAGCUCUUCAUGCUUCAGCGCACUGGCGAGGCCGAGACCAUCACUACCCACUACCUCUUCGCCCUCGGCAUCUACCGUGCCCUCUACAUCCCCAACUGGAUCUACCGUUAUUUCACAGAGGCGAACCACAAGGUUGACUGGAUUGCUAUCACCGCCGGUAUCGUCCAAACCAUCCUUUACAGUGACUUCUUCUGGAUCUACUACACCAAAGUGAUGAAGGGCAAGAAGUUCAAGCUGCCCGUGUAAAGUCGUCUUCCCACGAGGUUUCGUUGGGCUACCGCCCUGGUAACAUCCGCUAGGUUGCGGGCGUCGCGGAACAGAGUCAUGGGUUGUAACAACAAAAGCUACGAACAAGCGCUGGAGCCAAAUGGCGGACCAUGACCUUGUUCAUCUUUUUCGUCCAGUCUCUCAACAAAUGUU